AUGUGCAAUCUAUCAUUUCUUCAAGUAUUGGAUCUCUCAUUUAACAAUAUCACAGGGGAAAUACCACAAUGCUUUAGUGACAUAAUUGCUUUUUCAAAUUUGAUGUUUCCAAGAACAAGCUUUCACUAUUUAUCCACAUCAAUUUCCUAUACGGGAAGUGAAGAAGAGUAUGAAUUGGCCUCCUUCAAUGACAAGGCAGUACUAUCAUUGAAAGGAUCAAAUAGAGAAUAUGAUAAAACCCUUGAACUAGUGACAUCCAUUGAUCUUUCUUGCAAUCACUUGACAGGAGAGAUACCUCAAAGCAUAACAAAACUAGUGGCAUUAUUUGGCUUAAACCUUUCAAGAAAUAAUCUCACAGGAUUCAUUCCCAACAACAUUGGUGAUAUGGAAAGUUUGGAAUCACUUGACCUAUCAAAAAACUAUCUUUCUGGUAGAAUGCCAUUAAGCUUUUCAAAUUUGACAUUUCUUGGUUACAUGAACUUAUCUUUCAACAACUUAGAAGGGAAAAUUCCACUUGGUACUCAGUUACAAUCUUUUGAUCCUUCUUCAUAUAUGGGGAAUACUGGACUUUGUGGCCCGCCGCUCAUAAACCAUUGUCCAGACGAUGUGAUCUCUUCAACUGGAAGCCAUGAAAAUGAAGAUAAGUUCAUAACCUUUGGGUUUUAUGUUAGCUUGGGAGUUGGUUUUAUAGUUGGAUUUUGGGGAGUUUGUGGAACUCUAGUGAUAAAAACAUCAUGGAGACAUGCAUAUUUCAAGUUCUUCAAGAAGAUCAGUGAUUGGAUUCAAAUCACAGUAGUCGUAUUUUUGAUCAAUAUGAAAAAGAGAUUUCAAGAUGAAGACUAA